GGGUUUUCACGGCUACAAAUCAACCUACAAAUGUUUUCCUAUGUAUAAUCUAGCGAUUCCUUACCUUACACUACAAUAUUUACAUAUGCUGGACAUGUGCUGGACAUAUGGUCUCUACUAAAUUCUCGAGUGGGUUGAGCCGGGGUGACAGGGUAAGUGACCUAUCCAUGACAGUUUGAUUUCAAAUGACAGGCUAUGACCUACGCCCUAUGCUCGUAGCUUUAGCUUACUCUAUGAGGUAACUACAUAAUUCCUCUCCUACCAAUUUUAUAUAUACUUUAGGUAUGAUCUAGCUUCCAUAAGGGUAGGUAGUUGUAUCACGGUAUCACCACCACAUGCGACGGAUCCCGCGAUUUCAAUCCAUUAAUCCAUACCCCCGCUUCGAUUUAUAAAGCUUCAGUUUUUUUUUCUAUCCACUCACCCACCCCUACCCCUACAUUACCUACCUAGUAUUAACAUUAUUAGCAUUAUGUACCAACCUCUCAUGCAUCGCAUGAAAUACGAUUGGUAAUACCUAGACCUACCUUAUACGGUAUCUACUUACCUAUCUAGAAGAUUCAUCCACACCUAUUGGUUCUUAUUGCUUAUAUUAUAUCUACCUUUACCUACUCUGUUUUCUCUCUUCUUAUUUACAUCUUGGUUGUUGGCAAGUCUUUCUUAUCCAACACAUUACAUAUUUACUCCCUAUCACCAUGACGCGAAUAAUCUUAUCUACGGGUAACGUCAUCUUAGACGGCCCCUCUAUCAUUCGAAAACCGGGUACUUCUCGAUCCAAUCUUGAACUCACCAAUUCCCUCCGGAACAACAUUUUGGCUGCGCAAAAAGAAUACGCAUCCGCACUUCAUAAUGGCAAUGGCAAUGGCAACGGUAAUGGCCAUGACCAUGCCUCCUCUCAUGCGGGACAAAAUGGACACAGCAGCCGACCGGCGCCAGAGCUGUGGACAGAGAGGGAGGAUUCUACGUUAUAUGUGCCCCGCAUUGACUGGGAAUCAGCUGGACUGCAAGAGAGUCGCUCCCGAUAUGAGAUAACCGUGAAGCUAUUCUUCCUGCCGACAGCGCCUCCGGAGAAGAGAUUCGACUAUAUUAAGGAGGCAUUGCGAUUAGUGAAGAAGGAGCUGGGCGUGGAUGACGUCGACCUCCUCAUAGCCUCGUUCCCCGGCUUAGCGUUCGAGGGAGACUGCGAAUGGGAAGCCGACAGAAAAAAUGCGACGAUGGGCAACGACGAUGAAGAGGUUACCACGUGGGGUUUUCUGGAGAAAUUAUACCACCAGGGCCAGAUCAAACAACUUGGGAUCGCCGAAUUUGGCACCGAAAAGCUAAAGCGCUUUUUAGACAAGGUCAAAGUCCGACCUACCGUUAACCAGAUCAAUAUUAGGAAUUGCUGCAACGUACCUCCGCCUCUGGCAAAGUUAGCUAAGGAGAAAGGUAUAGAAUUAUUCACCCACCACGACUCUACAAACGUGUUGCCUAGCGGCACUCUACGAGAGCUUCUGGGCCAAGGACCGCAGGGCGCUGGCGUCCUGGCAGAUGGGGAUCUUAACAGCAGUGGAAUUAAGGGUGAAAUCAUCCCCGAAUGGGUUGUCAAGUACACAGCAUUUGUCAGGGAUCGGGGAGUUAUUGAGAAUAAAGGCUACUUUGCGAGCGCGGAGACGGUGGAAGAGGCAUGAGAACAGCUAUAGUGUUUUAUCUAUUCCUUGUGCAUUUUUCGGCCAACAAUAGCAUUUGGUGGUCAGGGAUUACCAGCAUUAUUAGAUCAAUGAAUACAGAAGAACCAUACAAA